GACUCAGCGGCAACUUUAGCUCGGACAGCGCCACCUGACGGACAGACCGAUCCAAGAAAGAUGCAGAAGUGCUUCGGCGUUUUUUGCGUGACGCUCAUCUUUUGCGCAACCCUCUCUGAGACCAUCGGCCUGGUUAUCGCGGCGAAGGAGAAGCGUGGCUGGACUCUGAACAGUGCUGGCUACCUGUUAGGUCCUCGUCGUAUUGAUCACCUAAUUCAGAUAAAGGAUUCCCCCAGUGCCAGAGGCAGAGACGAGCUGGUCACUCAAUACGGAAUAGAUGGACACAGGACACUAGGAGACAAGGCAGGCCUGGCUGGUAAGAGAGACAUGGGCCAGGAUGAAGACUUCAGAACAGGUUCCUUGCGAAUAGGAGAUGAAGACAUCAUCCAUACUGUCAUCGAUUUCCUAUCAUACCUCAAACUUAAAGAGAUGGGAGCCCUGGACAGCCUGUCUUCUCCUGUGUCAUCAGAUGAACUGGCCAAUCCCUAACAUCUCUCCUCCAUCUGUGUCCUCCAACAGUGUUUCAGAUGUUUGACCUCCCAGUUCUCUAAAUGUCCAAUUAUCUUAACUCCAUGGGCAAACUUAUAUUCCCCAACUAUACAUCUUAGUUAUUUCUUUUCCUGUGUAAAUAAAUCUUUUAUCUACUGAA